UCCAUUCUUCUCACUAUCCAAUCUCUCAAACAUAUCUAGAUUUGAAACAUAUAUUAUGAUUAGCAUUUGCAAAACAGUGUUAAUUUGUGGUUUAGUCCUAUACAUGGGCACCAUUAUCUUUUUCAAUGACUUUGAAUGCCCAUCUUCUUAUCUUUUCUCUUCCUUUAAAUUCACAACCUUUCCUCCUAAUUCACAAACUACAUUAUCAAAUGAUGCAAAAACCAACAAUGCCACAAAUAUUAGUCAUCUUGUUUUUGGAAUUUUAGGGUCAGAAAAAGCAUGGCACAAUAGAAAACCCUAUAUUGAAUCUUGGUGGAGAUCAAAUAUUACAAGAGGAUAUCUUUUUCUAGAUGUUCCUCCUAAAGAUGAUCUUUUACCUUGGUCAAUAAAUUCACCUCCUUAUAAAAUAUCUGAUAAUGUUCCAAAACUAGUUGAAGAAACCAAACAUGUUGAUUCAAGAGUUUUAAGAAUGGUUCAUGGGAUUAUGGAGGUAUUUAGAGAGGAACAUGAAGGGGUAAGAUGGGUAAUUAUGGGGGACGACGACUCAAUAUUUUUCGUGGAUAAUAUGGUUGAUAUUCUUGCACAGUAUGAUCAUACGAAGUACUUUUAUAUCGGAGGACACUCGGAAUUUAUAUUGUCGAAUUAUUUGUUCUCAUUUAAUCAAGCUUUUGGUGGAGCUGGUAUUAUUUUGAGUUAUCCUAUGGCUAGAGCAUUUGCUAAAAAUAUUAUGUCUUGCCUAAAGAGAUAUUCUCACUUGAAAUCUGCUGAUAGAACUACAAAGAUUUGCAUUGCUGAUAUUGGAGUUAAUCUUUCUCCUCUUCAGGGUAUUCAUCAGAUUGAUCUACAUGGUGAUUUAACAGGAUUUUUAUCAUCCCAUCCAAAAUCUUUAUUAAUGUCACUUCACCAUUUAGACAUGGUAGAACCAAUUUUUCCCUCAAUGGAUCGUUCCCAAUCAGUUUUCCACCUCCAAAAUGCUGCAAAAUAUGAUCAAUCACGUAUGUUACAACAAACCAUAUGCCACAAAAGAUCAAGUAAUUGGACAUUUUCAGUUUCUUGGGGAUAUUCAGCUCAUAUUUAUGAGAAAAUUAUGCCUAGAAGUUGGAUUCAAAAUCCAAUUGAAACAUUCUUACCUUGGGGAGAAACUCCUAAUCCACCACGUUUUAUGUUUGAUACUAGGAAUUUUUCUUUGGAUCCUUGUGAAGCCCCUCAUUUAUUUUUCUUCAAUUCUAUCGAGAAAACUCCAAGAAAUGAAAUUCAUACAAUGUAUACUAGAGCAUGGCCUCGAGCAAUAGGAGCUUGUUUGUCUAAUGGAAAUUAUUCUGCAGAAUAUGUUUCUGAAAUUCAUGUUUAUUCGUCAGCAACGAAACGUAUUGAGAUUGAUAGAUGUGAAUGUUGUGACAUAAUUCAUGAGGAUGGAUCCAAAGAAGCUAGAAUCAAGUAUAGAGAGUGUAAACUAGAUGAGAUAAUAGCUUGAUCGAUCCAUUGGGUUUCCUUUCAGCCCAUUUAUGAGACGUGAUCAGCCCAUUGGGUUUCUUCUAACUGAGACGUCAUCAGUUCCUGAUGCUUCAAAGUAGCUGUUUUAGAUUCUUUUUUUUUUUUUGAAGUUUAGAUUCACAAUAUGGUGUAUUAGUUCAAAAGUAAAGAACUUGCAAUAGUAAUAACAAUAACAAAUGCAAUAUAAC